AUGCUAUACACACACAAAAAAGACUCUGCUUCUCCAAUUCAUCACGUGAAUGAUGACCUGAAGAAAAAGAAGACUUCAUUUAUAAAAUAUUCUACAAGAAGAGCUCAUGAAGAGCAAUACGGAUCCACAACUUGCUCUCCAUCAAAAUAUGAUAGUCUUUGCGCUAUGAUGAUUGAGGAUCGCAUUCGGUUAUACCAAGAGAAAUAUAAACAUUUUAUGGAGGCAGAUACCCAAUUAAGGACUUGGAUCAACGCUAAUAAGCAAAAGGGUCCACCUUUAGCCUUGAAAGAAGCUUUUCCAUGUCUACGACCACGAAUGUCUAGUAUAUCAACACCAUUAAGCUCUAGCAAACGAAAAAGCCUACUUUUGCACUCAAAUCAGGAAUUUGACGUAGCCUCUCCUGCACCUAAAGCUUCCUUCAGCACUUUUCUUAAAAAGGCAAUGCGACCCUCUGACAGCACUCAAACUAGGCAUCAUAACAAGAGUAGUCCUCACCAUUUAGGAAGGUCAGACAGUCGUCUAUCUGAGGCUCCCAAGCCGCGCGCAUCUGCUUCGACAUCUUCAAAGAGCCACCGAUUUUUCCUGAGUAGCUCCUUCAACCGUCUUUCUCUUCUCAAACAGCCUAUCGCUUCUCCGCACGAUCCGAACGUUGUCCGAGCAAAGGUAGAUCAGGUAGAACCGCCCUGUCUGGACCAUCAGGGCACCUUUAGCAAAAGAAAGCAACAAGGAUUACCAGCCAUACUAGAGCAUUCUAAAAAUAAUAACAGUACGGCCAAGACAUCUAAACAGAUCACUAGAAAGAACACUAGACCGCAAUCGACUAUUGUACCAUACUCUCCAUCUUCUGUAUUUUUAGACAGACUUCAACGGGAUAAUCUAUAUGAAGAAAGAGAAUGUCAAAUGAUCCAACCCAAUACAUACAACAAGACAACGAUUUAUGCUACGGUUGGCAAGAAGGGUCUCCGUGGACACGACAAUCUUGCACCAUCUCAUUGUGGCUUUAAAGAUCUAGAUGAUAAGGAAGAUAUAUUAAAUGAGCCACGAUCAAGUAAGCUUCAUCGAAUGGCAUUCAAAAGCUCAACGGUCGGAAAAGCAAGUGCAAGAAACAUCCUGGACUCAAAAAACAAGCACGAUAUUAUUGAUCAACACAGAUCGGCAAUGACAGAACAGUCUCCACAAAAGAAACGAAUUUCGUUUUCACUAGCGCCUUCUUUAUCAUCCCUUCGCUUUAUGCCACAGAAAUCGAGCUUCUUGAAACGGCAGAGUAUGUUGGCUUAA